AUGCAGAGUUUGAAACGUACAUUUUCCAAAUAUUCUAUGGAUAAUGGGGACGCUCUCUUAGCAACAAAAAAGAAAUUGUCUUCCUCUCUUAACCAUGAACCGAUACGAUUGCCCCGUGACUUUUUAUUUCCAGACAAACUCGAGCCAGAACAUUCACCUUGUUCUCCUACCUUGAUGAAGAUCAAUUCGUCUCUAACGACUCAGAUUUUCGAAACACAAGACGACAAAGAUGACGUCUCGGCCGUUCAUAUGGUUGCACUUGUGCUUGAUUAUCUUCGUGACGUCGCACACUAUUGUAAUUGUGCAGUGAGUUGGAGCUUUGCUCACUUGCGACAAUCAUUACAGUCCAUUCCUUUUGCUGUCGGACAGAUGCAGAGUGUUGUUAAAGCGAGACUGAGACUGUCGUGGCCACUUGUUACUGUCUUUGUACAAAAUGUCACGGACUUUGUGAGUGAUGAAGACAUUCGUGAUGCAUCUGUAGGUGAACUCGUGAUCUUUUUACAAACAUGGCAACAUGAGAAUGCUGUCAUGGCUACAUCCAGCAACAUUUGUGCCAAUUUGGUGCAGUUUUUCCGGGACGUCCUACAACAAUUUAAACAGUUUUUGACCAAGAGAUGGCUUCAAAGUGGACGAAUUAGUUUUCCAUGUGAAUUUGGAAAGAAAUCAGACUCGUUGUUUCUCUGUAUGGAGUGCCAUCGUGAACACAUGUAG